GGAGUGUGAUUGGGUGAAUCUUUUUGCAUAAGUUUUAAGAUUCUUAAGUAUCUCAGUAAUGUCAAUUAUGAAUAUUGUUUUGUUCCUUUGCUAACUUAUUUAUCUCUAAUUUCUAAUUUUUCUUUCUUUCAGACUUCUGGUGAUAUAAUAUCUCAAACAUGGUAGUACUAGCAUGCUGGUUAUCAUAGUUAUCUUCUCAGGUUCUGGUAUGCAAUCACUUUCAGAACUGACUUCCCAAGAAUGCACACCCAGCAUUUCCAAGAAUAUUGAUAGAAAAUCCUUUUUCCUGGCUUUUAAACUUUUCAUAACAACUCCAUGGAAAACCAUACUGAGGUCACUGAAUUUGUCUUGGAGGGAUUUGAGGAUGAAGCUAACAUACAGCUAGUUCUUUUAAUCCUCUUUUUGGUGAUGUAUAUUAUCACUUUUAUGGGAAAUGCUGGCAUGAUCAUAAUUACCAGUGUUGACUCCCACCUCCAUACCCCUAUGUACUUUUUCCUGAAAAACCUUUCUUUCUUGGAUAUUUGCUACUCUUCAGUCAUCACGCCCAAGGCCAUGGUUACCUUGGCAAGUGGGAGCAAACUCAUUUCUUACAAGGGAUGUGCCACACAAAUGUUCUUCUUUUCUCUUUUUGGAACCACAGAAGCAUUUUUCUUGGCUGUAAUGGCAUAUGACCGGUUCACUGCCAUUUGUAGCCCACUGCUCUACCACACCAUUAUGUCGAAGAAAAUAUGCAUUUGUCUCAUGGGUGUCUCUUAUCUUUUUGGUUUUGUCAAUUGUUGUACCCAAACGGGGUUCACAUUUAGUUUGUCAUUUUGUGAGCCAACCAAAAUAAAUCACUUCUUCUGUGAUGUACCAGCUGUGAUGAAGGCCUCCUGCUCAGAUACAUUUGUGAAUGAACUGGUGCUCCUAGUGUUAUGUGGAUUUAUCAUUGUCACCACAGCUGUAAUUGUUGUAGUGUCUUACGCUUACAUUGUGACUACUAUUUUACAUAUGCCUUCUGUCAAAGGAAGAUAUAAAGCCUUCUCAACCUGUACCUCCCAUUUGAUGGCAGUUAGCUUAUUCUUUGGGACAGUUUUCUUUAUGUAUGCACAACCUGGGGGCAUGUCAUCCCCCAAUCAAGGGAAAGUAAUGUCAGUGUUUUAUACAAUUGUCAUCCCAAUGCUAAAUCCCCUAAUCUAUAGUUUAAGGAAUAAGGAGGUGAAAGAGGCUUUAAAAAGGCAAUUUGGAAGGAAAGGGUUUGCCCUCUGAAAAAUAACUUCCAAUGGUGCAAUCUCAUAUCUUUCUGCUCAGAAGUAAGUUCUACUGAUUUCUAUGAGACUUACAUCCAGCUAAGAGCAUAGAGACUCAUAUCCUUGCUGUUUUAAUUUGGGUUUAUUAGGGGUUGUUUUUUUUUUGAUAAUACAGUAGAGUCUCACUUAUCCAACACUCGCUUAUCCAACGCAUUUUUGUAGUCAAUGUUUUCAAUACAUUGUGAUAUUUUGGUGCUAAAUUUGUAAAUACAGUAAUUACUACAUAGCAUUACUGUGUA